CUUAAGAACAGCUUAAUUGUAGGUCUUCAUCGAAGAUCACGAACAACUAUAUUUGAUACUUUGACUGAAAGACCAGAAGUUCAAUUCAGCGGAUUUGAGUGAGGGUCAGUUAACUAGAGGCGUAAUUACUGCAAGACCCAAGGAGAGUACUAACGAGGUAAACAAAGCAUUCCGUUAUAUUUACAUUAACUUGAGGGUGAACGAUGACACUGCAAUGUCUCCGGAAAACAUUUUCGUAAAUAAACCAGACAAACUUCUUUCAUAUAUGUCUCGAACGGUAACGAACAAUCGUUUAACUUUUCUAUCGAUUCUUUUUCGUAGUGUUUUUUUUUUUCUUUAAAUGAAGAAAGGCUUGUUCUUUAACAAAUCAGACGUUAUUGUUCUUAGUUUAGUUAAUGGUAUUUUUCACACCAUGUCUAGCAGAUUAUAAUAAAACCCAGCUUUACGAACACCCGCUUAAUAUGGACACUUCUAGUCAUUAUUUCGGGCAGUUUGCUUUGUCCCGCUAAAUACGGUCAUACGUUAAUACUGACACUUUUUAUGGUGGCCACUUCAGGGUCCGUAUUGCCGGUUUUGACUGUAGCAGCAAGAUUGUUUUGAUCACCUGUUUGAUUCACUUUGAUCAGUUUUAAGCUCUGAUAGAUGCAACUCGUGCUUAUCAUCGAGUCGAAAUCCAUUGGUGGUGAUAUGAGCUCAGAUUGAAAGUCGUGCUCCGAGCCUUUCCGCUCAGUUUCAUAUGCUUACUACUUUCAUAACAUCAACAGAAAUCUGGAUAUAUUUUGCAUAUCCUUCUAAUAUAAAGCUAAGGGAACACAGAGAUAAUGAAUUGAUGUAUUGUUCCGCAAGCCUUCAAACGUCAAAGACUGUUCUCAAGACUUUUUUCAGGCAAAAAGAGGCUUAAGCAAUAUUUUAAUUAACCACUUUAUAUUUGCCGACACAUUGUUUGCAAACAGCGUUAAACUUGUUUCCCAUGCAGUGCAUAGUUGCAUGAGCAGGCAGUUAUGAUAUAUCCAUAUGUAGCACCAACGUACAAGUCUGUAGUAUACGUCCGUCUAGAAAGAAACUACGUUAAGAACGAUAUUUUCCUUCUACCAACUCACCCACAAUGGCGUUUACGAAGUGAAUAUUUCUUUUGGUUGUGUAGUUACGUGAGAGACGAUACAAGGGCUACGAGAUCGAAUAAGACUGCCGCAGCGGCCGCAAGCACAAAUUUGAAUUUUCGAGCUAGUGAUCUCCCUAAACCUUUCAUGUUCUAUCUCGUGCUUCUAGUUCAGUCUAGCGAUACCUAUAUUGUUCUCGAGUGGUCGAAAAACCCACGGAAUCGUAUAGGCAAAGUCUUCGCAACCUUUCAUAACAAAGAAAGUUAAAGCAGGAAACUUUAGACUGUCUUGAUGGCCAUUAAGGUGGCUCGCACCACUAAUCACCUAUUUGACGGUUUUCCUUUAAGAGGACAGAUCAAAAACGCAGACUGAAAGCCACAGCAGAGCCUUUGUAGAGUUGGUCUAUACAAUGAAUGCUUGACUUAAGUGUUCUUUCGUCGAUAGUAGUUACCAUGGCAGAGUAUCUUGAGGAUUAUUUAAGCCUUCCCUUCAGCUUCCAGCGCUGAUACCUAGAAAAUCAAGGCGGAGAUGCUUUUUUGUAGCAUAGCUUUAAGCAUUGAAAAGAAAAGUGUACAUUGAUUUUUUAAAAAAAAAAAAAUUCUACACAGCGGAUUUCUUUCUUUCUUUUUGAAGUUAAAAACCGUCAAAAAAGGUGGAAACUGGUGAAAGCUAUCUUGAAAAGUUUAAGACUCCAAAAAAGCUGAUGUGACUGUGUCUAGAAAGUCGAGGCACACGACAGAAGCUCAGUUUCUGUAGCAUGUCAUUACCUGACACAGAAUUUUCUCCACUCCGCUCUGGAUAGGAUGUCAAACAUCACAGGAUUAACCUCACAAUAAUGUUAUCGACAGGCCAGUAGAUCUGGUAAAAUACUUAAUCGUUGUCCGAAAAUACGAGCGUUUGCCUUUUGAAUAGGGUCGCGCGUCUCCAGAAACUCUCGAUGUUAAGGCUCCAUUUCAACACCCUAUUAGUUCUAAUCGUGGGUAACUGCAAACAUACCAUACUAAUCCUGGAUUUGCGACAAUCGGCAUUCAAAAAAACUCGACUUUUGCCCAAAGUUUAUUUUUUCACUGUCAGAGUUCUGACCAUUUUCCGUAAAAAGGUGGAAAUUAAUUAAAAACGGUUUGGCUGGUUUGGAUCCCACCUGUGCGGUACCCAAUUACACAACCGCGUAUAAUUUAAAAAGACAAGCUGGCUGGAGCGCAUUCUUGUCUAUCAGAUAAAAAGCAAAGUUAAGUUUUGGCCUCGCCUAAAAUAGUCUUUCAAAUGGCUCCUGAAGCGGAAUGCAAUGCUCAUUCAUUUAUUUACUCAUUCAUGUUUAUUUGCCAUAUCACACAUCAUAACUGCUAACAAUAAAAGGGUAUUAUAAAGAAAGUUAAAGGAAGCAUGCGCAGAUGGCGAGGAAACCUGAAAGAUACAUACCACGGGGCUGAUAAAUAAUCAGGUUUUCUCAGAACUAAAAAUACGCGAGUCUAAUAUGAUAAUGUAGACCAGCGAAAGUGGUACAAGCUUUUACAAAAAUUAAAGUAACUAAAGCUGAAAGCAAUAUUAAGUUAAUACCUACUGAGAAGAAUUUUUUUUAAAUAAGCUUUUCCUAUGAAAAGAUGCAUAGGAGGAAGAUUUAGUUAUCUUAGCAUUCGGAGAAUUGUAAAACUUUGGACCUUGAAAGUAAACGGAAAACCGCCUGGUAUUGGUUCUGCAUAGCAGUAAACAAAAAGAUUGAGCACUCCUUGUGUUUUCACGAGAAGCUAUCAUUUGUAAUAUGUGGCAAGGCCACUUUAUUGAGUUUUGUUUCAUUUUACUUCGCUCACAGAUUUCCGAAAACUUUUCUGCUGAAAAUGUACCGGAACGCUUACGAGAUGAGAGGUGCAUCAACCAUUGGAAUAGUUCCCCAAUCUGGCCCGAAAAAGCUCAAAAAAUCUCGCCGAUGGCUCGUCAACCUAUUGAUCAUCGGUGCUCCCAUACUACUAUGCGCGAUUUUGCUGCUCAUCCUUUUUCUAGUCCCAGGCCCUGAACGAAAGACACAGCUGGCUCCAACCCGCUGCAUUCUUUCUCUAGAGGCAAAUUCAUCGAAUUUCUCCGCAAUGCUACAGAAAAUCGAAACAACGUUUUUCCACGUUCUUCAUCCAAGGUUUAUCUAUGCAAGGCCAGGAGUGACUCCUGAAGAAAUUCGGUCGGUUUUUCGUCCUUGGGAUCCAAGCCCGAGCAAAAUCAAGUCGAGAACUGAUGAGGCCAACAAGUUGUUUGAAGAAUUAAAAGCCCUUAAGAUCAACAUCACGCUUUUGAAGCUGAGAGAAAGAAAAGCCCUCCAUGUGGCCAAGUCCAUUCUAAAAGAUAAUCGGGGAUGGGCACCAUAUGGUGCCAACUAUUACGCCGGCGAUUGGAUGUUGGGACCCAACUUUUAUUGCUGGGAAAUCAUAUGUACAGUACUCUAUGACUUCAACGCUGUCAUUUCUCACUUUAAGCCCAAGAAUAUCAGCGAUCUGCGCAAGUUAGACGACAUCAUCAAGCAGCAUAACGAAACCUUUGAGAGAUAUAUUGCGAAUUUAAAGCUUGGCGUGAGGGCUGGGUUUGUCCGAUCCAAAGAAGCUUGCGAGGUUGGCAUCCACAAUAUGCAUUAUACGUUUUACAGAAACAUUGCCCUUGGCAACGAAACAGGUGAGAAUAAUUUUCCGCCUUUUGCAUUCUGCUCUUUGCCUUACAAUCGUAGAAUGGCAAAGGAGCAGCGCUGUACAGCUUUUCAAAAAAAACAGCAAAAAGCGUAAUAUAGCUCCUUAAAAAAAAAAAAAAGAAAAAAAGAAAGAAAGAAAGAACUAAAGAAAGGAGAGCGGGGGGGGGGGGAGCAAAAGACCUACAGGAAUUAGUUAUAAAAAAGCACUACCUGGGCGAAGAAAACUUCGGGUCAUAAAUAUAAUAAUUAACCCAUUUUUUUCUCUCGUUUAAUGACACUGCAAUGUCUCCGGAAAACAUUUUCGUAAAUAAACCAGACAAACUUCUUUCAUAUAUGUCUCGAACGGUAACGAACAAUCGUUUAACUUUUCUAUCGAUUCUUUUUCGUAGUGUUUUUUUUUUUCUUUAAAUGAAGAAAGGCUUGUUCUUUAACAAAUCAGACGUUAUUGUUCUUAGUUUAGUUAAUGGUAUUUUUCACACCAUGUCUAGCAGAUUAUAAUAAAACCCAGCUUUACGAACACCCGCUUAAUAUGGACACUUCUAGUCAUUAUUUCGGGCAGUUUGCUUUGUCCCGCUAAAUACGGUCAUACGUUAAUACUGACACUUUUUAUGGUGGCCACUUCAGGGUCCGUAUUGCCGGUUUUGACUGUAGCAGCAAGAUUGUUUUGAUCACCUGUUUGAUUCACUUUGAUCAGUUUUAAGCUCUGAUAGAUGCAACUCGUGCUUAUCAUCGAGUCGAAAUCCAUUGGUGGUGAUAUGAGCUCAGAUUGAAAGUCGUGCUCCGAGCCUUUCCGCUCAGUUUCAUAUGCUUACUACUUUCAUAACAUCAACAGAAAUCUGGAUAUAUUUUGCAUAUCCUUCUAAUAUAAAGCUAAGGGAACACAGAGAUAAUGAAUUGAUGUAUUGUUCCGCAAGCCUUCAAACGUCAAAGACUGUUCUCAAGACUUUUUUCAGGCAAAAAGAGGCUUAAGCAAUAUUUUAAUUAACCACUUUAUAUUUGCCGACACAUUGUUUGCAAACAGCGUUAAACUUGUUUCCCAUGCAGUGCAUAGUUGCAUGAGCAGGCAGUUAUGAUAUAUCCAUAUGUAGCACCAACGUACAAGUCUGUAGUAUACGUCCGUCUAGAAAGAAACUACGUUAAGAACGAUAUUUUCCUUCUACCAACUCACCCACAAUGGCGUUUACGAAGUGAAUAUUUCUUUUGGUUGUGUAGUUACGUGAGAGACGAUACAAGGGCUACGAGAUCGAAUAAGACUGCCGCAGCGGCCGCAAGCACAAAUUUGAAUUUUCGAGCUAGUGAUCUCCCUAAACCUUUCAUGUUCUAUCUCGUGCUUCUAGUUCAGUCUAGCGAUACCUAUAUUGUUCUCGAGUGGUCGAAAAACCCACGGAAUCGUAUAGGCAAAGUCUUCGCAACCUUUCAUAACAAAGAAAGUUAAAGCAGGAAACUUUAGACUGUCUUGAUGGCCAUUAAGGUGGCUCGCACCACUAAUCACCUAUUUGACGGUUUUCCUUUAAGAGGACAGAUCAAAAACGCAGACUGAAAGCCACAGCAGAGCCUUUGUAGAGUUGGUCUAUACAAUGAAUGCUUGACUUAAGUGUUCUUUCGUCGAUAGUAGUUACCAUGGCAGAGUAUCUUGAGGAUUAUUUAAGCCUUCCCUUCAGCUUCCAGCGCUGAUACCUAGAAAAUCAAGGCGGAGAUGCUUUUUUGUAGCAUAGCUUUAAGCAUUGAAAAGAAAAGUGUACAUUGAUUUUUUAAAAAAAAAAAAAUUCUACACAGCGGAUUUCUUUCUUUCUUUUUGAAGUUAAAAACCGUCAAAAAAGGUGGAAACUGGUGAAAGCUAUCUUGAAAAGUUUAAGACUCCAAAAAAGCUGAUGUGACUGUGUCUAGAAAGUCGAGGCACACGACAGAAGCUCAGUUUCUGUAGCAUGUCAUUACCUGACACAGAAUUUUCUCCACUCCGCUCUGGAUAGGAUGUCAAACAUCACAGGAUUAACCUCACAAUAAUGUUAUCGACAGGCCAGUAGAUCUGGUAAAAUACUUAAUCGUUGUCCGAAAAUACGAGCGUUUGCCUUUUGAAUAGGGUCGCGCGUCUCCAGAAACUCUCGAUGUUAAGGCUCCAUUUCAACACCCUAUUAGUUCUAAUCGUGGGUAACUGCAAACAUACCAUACUAAUCCUGGAUUUGCGACAAUCGGCAUUCAAAAAAACUCGACUUUUGCCCAAAGUUUAUUUUUUCACUGUCAGAGUUCUGACCAUUUUCCGUAAAAAGGUGGAAAUUAAUUAAAAACGGUUUGGCUGGUUUGGAUCCCACCUGUGCGGUACCCAAUUACACAACCGCGUAUAAUUUAAAAAGACAAGCUGGCUGGAGCGCAUUCUUGUCUAUCAGAUAAAAAGCAAAGUUAAGUUUUGGCCUCGCCUAAAAUAGUCUUUCAAAUGGCUCCUGAAGCGGAAUGCAAUGCUCAUUCAUUUAUUUACUCAUUCAUGUUUAUUUGCCAUAUCACACAUCAUAACUGCUAACAAUAAAAGGGUAUUAUAAAGAAAGUUAAAGGAAGCAUGCGCAGAUGGCGAGGAAACCUGAAAGAUACAUACCACGGGGCUGAUAAAUAAUCAGGUUUUCUCAGAACUAAAAAUACGCGAGUCUAAUAUGAUAAUGUAGACCAGCGAAAGUGGUACAAGCUUUUACAAAAAUUAAAGUAACUAAAGCUGAAAGCAAUAUUAAGUUAAUACCUACUGAGAAGAAUUUUUUUUAAAUAAGCUUUUCCUAUGAAAAGAUGCAUAGGAGGAAGAUUUAGUUAUCUUAGCAUUCGGAGAAUUGUAAAACUUUGGACCUUGAAAGUAAACGGAAAACCGCCUGGUAUUGGUUCUGCAUAGCAGUAAACAAAAAGAUUGAGCACUCCUUGUGUUUUCACGAGAAGCUAUCAUUUGUAAUAUGUGGCAAGGCCACUUUAUUGAGUUUUGUUUCAUUUUACUUCGCUCACAGAUUUCCGAAAACUUUUCUGCUGAAAAUGUACCGGAACGCUUACGAGAUGAGAGGUGCAUCAACCAUUGGAAUAGUUCCCCAAUCUGGCCCGAAAAAGCUCAAAAAAUCUCGCCGAUGGCUCGUCAACCUAUUGAUCAUCGGUGCUCCCAUACUACUAUGCGCGAUUUUGCUGCUCAUCCUUUUUCUAGUCCCAGGCCCUGAACGAAAGACACAGCUGGCUCCAACCCGCUGCAUUCUUUCUCUAGAGGCAAAUUCAUCGAAUUUCUCCGCAAUGCUACAGAAAAUCGAAACAACGUUUUUCCACGUUCUUCAUCCAAGGUUUAUCUAUGCAAGGCCAGGAGUGACUCCUGAAGAAAUUCGGUCGGUUUUUCGUCCUUGGGAUCCAAGCCCGAGCAAAAUCAAGUCGAGAACUGAUGAGGCCAACAAGUUGUUUGAAGAAUUAAAAGCCCUUAAGAUCAACAUCACGCUUUUGAAGCUGAGAGAAAGAAAAGCCCUCCAUGUGGCCAAGUCCAUUCUAAAAGAUAAUCGGGGAUGGGCACCAUAUGGUGCCAACUAUUACGCCGGCGAUUGGAUGUUGGGACCCAACUUUUAUUGCUGGGAAAUCAUAUGUACAGUACUCUAUGACUUCAACGCUGUCAUUUCUCACUUUAAGCCCAAGAAUAUCAGCGAUCUGCGCAAGUUAGACGACAUCAUCAAGCAGCAUAACGAAACCUUUGAGAGAUAUAUUGCGAAUUUAAAGCUUGGCGUGAGGGCU